AUUCAUUAUCAUUCAUCACUAUCACUUUUCUCCAAAAUUGUCACAAACACAUUGACUUUCUUUAGAAAAUGGCAGCAAAACCUAUAUUGUACUCCUCUUGGAGUUCAGGAUGUUCGUCAAGAGUUAGAACUGCUCUUGCUCUGAAAAAGAUCGACUAUGAAUAUCAACCCGUGAACUUGCUGAACAAACAGAAAGAGCAAGAAUUCCAUGGGAACAAUCCUGCGGAAAAAGUUCCAAUUCUGAAAAUCAACGGUCUAACUCUGACAGAAAGCAUGGCAAUAAUCGAAUAUCUCGAUGAAAUCUACCCAGACCCACCACUUUUGCCGAAAGAGCCCGAGCUCAAAGCUCGCGCGAGAGCUAUUGCUUUUCAUAUCGCCUCAAAUAUCCAGCCUCUGCAAAACAAGCCGAUCUACCUGAUGCUCAAUGAGAAAGAGCCCGGCUAUGGGGAUUUUUGGUGCCAACACUUCAUCAGCAAAGGAUUCAAGGCUCUCGAAGAGCUCCUGCAAAUGCACUCUGGAGAUUUUUGCGUCGGAAAUCAAAUUUCUAUCGCUGAUAUUUGUCUUCCAUCAAUUGUGUAUAAUGCUAUAGAAAAAUACCACGUGGACAUGACGCCCUACCCAAUAAUUACUCGAAUCUCCAAUAAGCUAGCGGAGCUGCCAGAGUUUCAAGUGGCUCAUCCCAACAAUCAACCGGAUGCACCGAAAAACUGAGAAUUGAUAAUGUUUUUAUAGCUUAAAAAUAUGAAUUUUUCCAUAAAAACAGCUGUGUCAAAAACUAUAGCAGCUAGCAAAAUUUUUUUUAACUCACAAUGUAGCCCUUGAAAUUUCCCAUAUUUUGUUAGUUGAAAACUUUUUAAUAGCUCUUCUCCCCGCUGAGAUAUGCGCCUUCGAAGUCAGAGCCAGCAAGAGAGUGUAUGGGGAGGGGAGACGCAGGCGGCGCGCGCACACUGCGUCUCCCCUCACCCCACACUCUCUAGCAUCUGUAAAUUUUGAACGCGUAUAUCUCGGUGUAGGGACCAGCUAUGAACGAAUUUCCAACUAUCGAAAUAUAGGGAAUUUUAAGGGCUAUAAGCUGCUUGUAUUUGUUUUUUGAAAAGUGAAAGAUGGAGGCCGUUGGAACAAGUUUAUUGAUCGUUGUAGUAAAGAAAAUAGUAAAAGUUCAAGAAAAUGAAGCAUAGCAAUUG